UCGUAUGCACGCAGCAGUGCAUGUAUGUACAUGUAUAUCCACUACGGACAUUGCCUAGCAAACGGCCGCACAAAUCUUAGUGAAGCGUCUCCUGCAGACAACAUGUUAAUCGUGUGUGUUCCCUUGUGAAUGCAGACUAUAGCAGUAUUGGAUUUAUCGACCUCGCAAACACCAAAGUCAUAUGACGCCGAGGGCCAAGAAGACACCGCCAAAAAGUAGGAACUGUAUCAAAUAAACUUUUAAUAGACGGUUGACACUAUGAUGCUGUUUACGCUUGCAUUCUUUGCUGUUUUACUUCCGUAUGGCAAGUCAACGGAUACGUCAUAUAGAAAGACGAGGGAGUCUAAUGCUUCCGCGUGCCAUGUGGAUGACAUUCCUGUCGUUGUUUUUCAAUGUCCUGUCCUUGAUUCCGGACAUGUCCUACAUGGGGAACAUUGCCAGGUUACAGAUGUGACUGGACAGAGACAAUCAUAUAUUGUGAAGUGCGUCCAUGGUAGCUGGAUUAACGACCAAGCAGGUAUAGCCCCUAAACGCAGUAAAAGGCAAUGGACAGCGGUAGGUGGUUCUACAGGAGCAGUGAUUGGGACUGUGGCGGUUGGACCAAUCGGUGCUGCAGUUGGAUUAAUAAUUGGCGGCGUUGCUGGAAUAUUUUGUGAUCUAUUCUGUCCAAAAUUGUUUUCACCGCCACCGAAUACACCGUCACCGAAUACACCCCCAACAAUCCAAUGGGACAAACCGACGACAUCUGAGUAUUACGCUAAUCCUGGAAAUACUUUUGCUGUUGUGAAGUGGUAUUCUCCUACAGCUUCUGACAAGCAAGACGGCAACAUAAGCCCUAAGCAGACGUCUGGGCUCUCUUCCAAUUCUGAGUUUCCAAGAGGAAAGCACACAAUAAUAUACAAGGCCGAGGACUCGAGUGGUAUGAAGGCAUUUAGCCAGUAUACAUUCCGUGUUAUUGUUCGUGUCUGUAAAAGCGUACUACCGAAUCCUGCCAACGGACACAUAUCGUGUGAGCACCCCGAACGAAUAGCUGGCACUGUAUGUAACUACAACUGCGUUGAUGGCUAUAGACUUAGUGGAUACAGCUCCAGAAUAUGCCAAACAGAUGGAACAUUCAGUGGUCAAGCUCCUACUUGUCAAAUUAAAACCUGUCCAAAUUCUACGCAUAUCUAUCCACGGCACGGACAGCCAAUAUGCUCUACAAGUGGGUUCGUGUACAAGACAGUGUGUAAAACAAAGUGUGAGAAUGGAUACAAAGUGCCAUCAUCCGAUGUUUUCUUUGCGACUUGUCAGAGCACAGGACAGUGGAGCAACACUCUUUCCGCGUGUAAAGAUUCGGAACCUCCAUCUAUACUUGAUUGUCCUGGGACGCAGUAUGUAUAUGCAGACAGAGGACUUGAGACUGCUGUUAUAUCAUGGAAUGUUCCGACCGUAACGGACAAUUCUGGAGAGCUUAUAACAGCCAUACAGACAAAAGGGCAAUCUCUGGGAAACAAGUUUACAAUUGGUUUCAUGGAAAUACGUUAUACGGCCACCGAUUCAUCUGGAAACAAAUCACCUGAUUGCAUUUUUUCAGUCCGUGUUGAUCAACAAAUAUGUGAUCCUCCUAAAAUUAUCGAUUCGUACAUGAACAUAGAUUGCGCGAAUGGGUUCUCGUAUGGAUCAAAUUGCUCUUUAACCUGCCGUGGAAGUUAUCCAUUGAUUGGAAAUGAUCGGAUAUCCUGCGAGAGAAACACAACAUAUCCAAAGGUAGUUUAUUGGGAUAUGGGUACCGACGAGCAACCUUACUGCAAGCAAAAUAAGUGUCCCGAGCUACAGCCUCCUAUCCACGGGGCACUCAUAUGCGAUAAGUGGAUGUUUGGUGUCCAAUGCAUGAUGCACUGCAAUGAGGAUUACGACCUACCUGCCGGGACAGGUGGUGGACGUAUAGCUAGAUUCACCGGUCAAUUCACUUGCUCCAUCAGCUCUGGAAAGUGGAGUCCUGUCGAAACAGUUCCAGGCUGUACAGUGUUAAGCAAUCCUCUGAAAUCAUACCUGCCAGGAGAACUAUAUUACUUUACUGGAGUUUGCACUAACAUUUCAUCACAAAAGAAGAUAAAAGAAAAUUUUAUGUCCGAAAUGCAGAAUUUGCAACAGGAUCCUGGCUGGAAGGGUAUUUGUCCUAACGAUUGUAACGUAGACAAUGUAGAACUGAAAUGUGGCACAGUGCGUCGGCGACGAGAUGUUUACAAGAAAAGACUGACACGGCAAACAAAUACUGCUUCAGUAUUGGUAACAUUUAACAUAGUUGUAAAAUGGAAAAAAUAUGGUAACAGUACAAUGGAUACUUUUAACCAUUUACAAACAAAAGCUAAAUCACUUGGGUUGCUCAUUGAAGAAAAAGUACAGAGUGGUUCCUUAGAUGUGGAAGCAGCUGAAGUCGAUAAGACAUCUUUCCAGACGGGUUUUGCAGCUAUAAAAUGUGAACCGGGUCGAUACCCACGAUAUUCGACUCUCACUUGUGCCUCAUGUUCCUUGGGUUCCAUUUACGAUGAUGAGGAAUGCACUGAAUGCCCAAAAGGGUCUUACAGAGAGGAUGACAACAUUGUUACAUGUACGACAUGCCCUCCUGGGACAUCUACUGUAUCCUCUGGGACGAUUAAUUAUACAGACUGUGUGUCAACGUGUAAACCAGGUUACUAUUCAUUAACCGGGGUGAUUCCUUGUACACCUUGUUCGAGAUUCCAUUAUGGUGCUGACGUGAUGGCUACCCAAUGUGAACAAUGUGGCCCAGGGUUAAUGACCAUGUCAUCUGCAAGUACUGACAUCUCAGAAUGCAAAGUGUAUGAUGCAGUUAUUGGAGGAGGUUUGUUAUCCGAUACAAUCGGAAAAUUACAGGACGGGGCUGACAGUGUUACCCUUGCAUUAUGGAUUAAGAUUCCAGUAAACCAUGAUGUGUCCCUCCAUGUCACAAUCAACGACGGCACAGACGCCACACAAAUUGAUAUCGGAAAAGGGAUCAACAUCACGCUAUACAGAACAUAUCAACAAACGGAUGCUGUGUUGAAGGCUGGUUCAUGGCAACACGUUGCUUUGGUGAUUGAUUCAAAGUCAAAUGAACUCGAAGUGUUUGUCCAGGGCAGUGUACAAUUUACUUCACCUAUAGUAUCAGUUAAUGGGAUGUGGCGUGUUGGUGAUUCUGAAGUCCUGUUAUCUAGUUCUGGCACUUCCGACAUACAUAUCUCGGGUCUACUUCUGACAAAUACCGCUCUAGAAGAAGCUGACAUACAAUCCCUGGCAACAACCUGUUAUCACACGAGAAACGGAGCUGUGACUAUGGAGGGAUUUAAGUAUGCAGAAUCGAAUUACAUCGAGUUAGUUUCACCAAGUAUUUGUGAUACUGAUGCCAACUGUGAACCAGACCCUUGCAACAGCCAUACCUGCAUUGGCGGUCUUGAUGGAUUCACUUGUCGCUGUGAUGGGGGAUUUACCGGCGAUAAGUGCCAGAUUUCUCCUGACUAUUGCAAGAACCACCAAUGUGAAAACGGGGCCACCUGUCAUAACCUGCGUUAUAAUUAUACUUGUUCGUGUACCACUCGAUUCAAAGGAAUUCUUUGCGACUACGAAAUUGUUGACGGAGGCUGGGCGUCCUGGAGUAAUUGGUCUGAUUGCUCAAAGUCCUGUGACGGAGGAAAUAGGACACGACAACGAGAAUGUAACGACCCCUAUCCAGACCCAGAUGGAACGCCUUGUACAGGCGAACAAAUAGAAUUGGAGCCUUGUAACGAAGAAUCGUGUCCUGUUUGUCCCAAACCGCCUCGUUCUUAUGGAACUGAGAUGGAUUGUAACGUAACAAGCGAUUUAACAACUUGCCAUGUCCGAUGUCGAGACGGACUUUGGUUUGCACCUGGUUUUCCACCCCUACCUGAAUACAAAUGUGGGAUGGAGACCUCUUAUACAUGGAAUGGGAAACCACCUUCAUGUUCAGAUAUAUACUAUCCGGAGAAUAUUAAAACUGUUACCAAGAUAACGUAUGAAUCAGCAAAUUUGUGCAAUAAAGGAGAAGAAAUGAAGGCUGCACUUCUGGAGAAAUCCCUUGACAAUAUUGAUUGUGCAGCAACAAAAACAUGCACGGUGGAUAUAUCUACAGAGGGUUGCAUUGUUCGAUCAAAGAGUUCCUUGAGUGCACCAACGACUGUGAUUGUAUUACAAGUACCCUUAGAGGGACAAGGUGAUCAGAUUUCCAUUAAAACAUCAGGAACAGAUGUCAGUCCGACUAUGAAAGUCCUCUUGCAAGCUAUUGGUACUCUUGAGAAUUCAACCAGACAGUUCAAUACGAGUACAGACAUUUUGAAGAUUGAGGUCGAUGGUCAGGAGUAUGAUGCCUUUGACGUUGAAUCAUAUGGCAAGGUUGAUUGCAGAGACGGAAAAAUCCAGUUAGAAGCAUUGUGUACCGAUUGUCCACACGGUACUUAUAAUACAGACAGUAGUGAGUGCAUUCCUUGUCCGUAUGGGACUUAUCAGGAUACCGCUGGAUCCACUUUCUGUAAGAAAUGUCCGGAUGGAUCUUCUACACCACUCCUAGGGUCGUCGGAUAUUUCCGACUGCUCAACUACCAUACCUGUUAAAGAGGAAAUUCCUCCUGAGAAACAUGACGUAAGAGUCAUCAUUGGCGGUACCUUAGGUGCUCUCAUUCUUUGUGGUGUAAUCGUCGGCAUUGCUGUAUGGCUGAAUUUGAGGCGGAAAGGAAAAUAUUACUUCCAAAACCAGAGGUCAUAUAAAGACGUGCGACCACGGAAACGAAGGGAAACAAAACUUGAAGAAAUAUAACUUGGAGAAACAAUACCACUAUCAGACAAUACUACGACAGACGCAAAAGCAUGUGCCAAUAAUUGAAGCCUCGAUCGGACUUGCUUUCUACAAAUUUUGCUGACAUUUGAACCCCUGUGGAGAUAGGUUAUGGACUCAGAGCGUCGCUGUCAACAUUAUAUAAACACAUAAUAAUUGUGUGGAUACUUGCCAUCUCCCUUUGCAUUCGUGUUCCGCUUAUAAACGUGUUUAUUUGGGUAUUUUUUGUUUAUUUGGGGUUCAAUAUCCCUUGCAACACCCGAGGUCAUAUAAAGACGUGCGACUAUGGAAACUCCGUCGAAAAGAAUAGGGAAGUUAUUGAAGAAAGAUACAGAUUCCAUGUUUUGCAUUUGGGCAAAUGAUUCAUUUUGGUUUCGUUAAUGCCCCCAAGUAAAAAACGCAUACGAAAACCCCCGAUUGUGUAGAAGGGGGAGGGGUGAACAAUUUGUUAUAUAUCACUAUACCCCUUUGUGUUAUUUUGUGCAAUCUAGAAAAGCUAUACCCUUCAUUAUUUGUUUGAUCUUCAACAGAGGUCGUAAAUAAGAUUAAAACAGAUAUCCUUUAUGUACAUUUGGAAGAACUGUAAUUAUUAAUUAAUGCAAAUGUAACUAAAUAGAUAUAACUUUUUUUUCGAUGCAUGCUGAUAUGUUAAAUAGCUUUUUAUCACAUGAUAAGGAAAUACACUCCUUUUUGGUUUUUUAUAAUCUAUAUACAAGCAAUAUCUUACAAUGUAAUGAUUAUACAAUCAUAUAAUGUACUGAUUGUAUAAUCCAUGACAUAUUAAAGCAAUUUCUUCUUGUGACAAGUCGGUAUGUAAAUGGGUUUUUUUUAUCAUAAUUUACUUUGUUUAACUAUUCAACUGAGGAUUAAUUUUGGUUUCGUUAAUGCCCCCAAGCAAAAAACGCAGACGAAAACCCCCGAUUGUGCAGGAGGGGGAGGGGUGCACAAUUUGUUAUUUGGGCAAUGUAGAAAAGCUAUACCCUUAAUUAUUUGUUUUAUAUUCAACAAAGGUUGCAAAUAAAAUUAAAACAGAUAUUCUUUAUAUACAUUUGGAAGAAUCGUAAUGAUUAAUUAAUGCAAAUGUAACUAAAUAUAUAUAACUUUUUUUUCGAUGCAUGCUGAUAUGUUAAAUAGCUUUCUAACACAUGAUAAGGAAAUACACUCCUUUCUGUUUUUUAUAAUCUAUAUACAAGCAAUAUCUUAUAAUGUAAUGAUUGUAUAAUCCAUGACAUAUUAAAGCAAUUUCUUCUUGUAACAAAUCGGUAUGUAUUUUUUUUAUCAUAAUUUACUUUGUUAAACUAUUCAACUGAGGAUAAAUUUUGGUUUCGUUAAUGCCCCUAACCAAAAAAUGCAGACGAAAACCCCCGAUUGUGCAGGGG